UACAUAUGUUUCAUGCAUUUAAAGUACCUCUCUGUUCCACUUUGUUGUUUCCUCUUAAACGCACCCUCUUGGCUUCUUCUACCAUUUGGCCAAUAGUUGUUAUAUAAAGUUGUUAGAUUUGUGUGUUUUCUUUGGAAUUGUUUUUGAUACCUUAUGGAUUAUAUUUACCUCUUCUGUUCAAGAGAGGCAAAUUUAAUCUUCCGAAUCCAUGUUCUUUGUCUGUUCAUAAUUCAUUGAGUGGUUGUUCUUGGCAGUUAGAUUGAGAAGUGUUUUUAGUACUAUUUGAUUUGUGUGUUUGAAAUGGAUGUCAAAACUCCAUUGCUGUCCAGUGAAGGUCAAGAGUGCAAACAAAAAAAUUACUCCGUUGCUUCUCUCAGAGGUGAUUUCUUCUCUAGAUUGCCAGACAAGGUCCGGUCUGGCCUUGAUCCUGAGACUCCUUUUCAUGUUGACCUCUCUAAAACUACUGGUUUAAUAGGAGGGGAGAAAGAAUACUAUGAAAAACAAUUUGCCACCUUGAAAUCCUUCGAGGAAGUUGACUCUCUGGAUUCAUCCCAAGUCAUCGAUGAAGCUCAAGAUCGUGUAGAACAAGCCCAUCAUGAAAGAGCAAUGAACAUUUCUAACUGGGCAAAUAUUUUUUUACUGGCAUUUAAGAUUUAUGCUACAGUAAGGAGUGGAUCCUUGGCCAUCGCGGCAUCCACUCUUGAUUCUCUGCUUGAUCUUAUGGCUGGUGGUAUUCUAUGGUUCACACACUUGUCGAUGAAAAACAUAAACAUUUACAAAUACCCUAUCGGAAAAUUGAGAGUGCAACCAGUAGGCAUUAUCAUCUUUGCUGCUGUCAUGGCUACUCUUGGCUUUCAAGUGCUGGUCCAGGCUGUAGAGCAACUGAUUGAAAAUGAUCCUUCUGCAAAGAUGAGUACAGAACAACUGGUUUGGUUGUAUGCAAUUAUGCUGACAGCUACCGGAGUAAAACUUGUUCUUUGGAUUUACUGCAGAAGCUCAGUAAACGACAUUGUCCGUGCAUAUGCAAAGGACCAUUAUUUUGACGUGGUAACAAAUGUAGUCGGUUUGGUUGCUGCUGUUCUUGGUGAUACAUUCUAUUGGUGGAUUGACCCUGCGGGUGCUAUAAUCCUGGCUGUUUAUACAAUUACAAAUUGGUCAGGAACUGUACUAGAAAAUGCAGUUUCCCUAGUUGGACAAUCAGCUCCCCCGGAAGUUCUGCAGAAACUGACGUACCUGGUCCUAGGCCACCAUCCUCAAAUCAAACGCGUUGAUACAGUCCGAGCCUACACCUUUGGUGUUUUAUAUUUUGUUGAGGUUGACAUAGAACUGCCCGAAGAUCUGCCAUUGAUAGAAGCCCACGCUAUUGGAGAAUCACUGCAGAUCAAGAUUGAAGAACUCCCUGAAGUUGAACGAGCAUUCGUUCAUCUUGAUUACGAGUGUGACCACAAGCCAGAGCACUCUGUUCUCAGCAGACUCCCAGACAGCCAGCCUUGAUUUUGAGAGUGCCAAUUAUGUUAUGGUGGUUGAGAAAUCAGCCCUUUUUAAGUAGGUGGUGAGGUUGAGAAAAUGUAUGCAUAGGAAACUAGGAUUAUUCAGUUCUUACUUCUUAGGAAUGGUAAUUUCAUGAAGUGACAACAAUAACAUAUGCUUUGGUGUGAACUAAAAUGUGUCAACUUGUAAUACCUUUUUGUGCACUUUCUUGCAUAUUGAUGCAAAUGGCAUACCUGCCCAAGCAAGCGUAUCUACUAUGAAUUGUACUACUGGAUCUUAGUAAAUGAGAUCAAAAUACCCUACCAACUUGAUCAAUCAAUGCAUUAUUACUAUA